AUGUCAACCCAUAUGUCUGGCUUGAGUAGAAUCUUGAUUUUUCGGGUCGUUGCUCCUGCGAUGUUGAUAGUUUUCUACUUCUACGUUCCAGGUCUGGUUAGACACAAUGCCUUCAGAUCUUCCUGCAAUGCGUACCUCACCCAGGGAGCCUUGAUAUCUGCAUACUGGGACUUAUUAUAA